UUAAAGUGUACCACGUGACGCGAGUGGUUUGCUGGUCCUCGUCCUGGCGGCAGCGUGGAAGUUGUAGACUUGAUUCAACAUAACCAUGCUUUCUUUAAGAUUAUCCACCUCUUUGGCUCGAAAUGUUGCUAGAAAUAUCCCUAAGUUCUACAGAGGCUCUCUUGGAGCUGCAGUGACUGCCUCUAGACACCUUACUACAUCAAAACCAUCUUAUGCAAGCGCUGGUGCUGGCACAGCAGAAGUCUCAUCCAUCUUGGAAGAGAGAAUUCUGGGUACUGUGCCCAAGGCCGAGCUAGAAGAGACUGGCCGUGUACUGUCUAUUGGUGAUGGUAUUGCUCGUGUCUAUGGCUUGAAGAACAUCCAGGCUGAGGAGAUGGUGGAAUUUUCUAGUGGACUCAAGGGUAUGGCCUUGAACUUGGAAGCAGAUAAUGUUGGUGUUGUAGUGUUUGGUAACGACAAACUCAUCAAAGAAGGAGACAUUGUCAAGAGAACUGGUGCUAUCGUGGAUGUCCCUGUUGGAGAAGAAUUGCUAGGCCGUGUUGUCGAUGCUUUGGGUAAUGCUAUUGAUGGCCAUGGGCCCAUCACAUCAUCAACAAGAGCUCGUGUUGGUGUAAAAGCACCUGGUAUCAUCCCAAGAACAUCUGUCAAAGAGCCCAUGUUAACAGGAAUUAAGGCAGUAGACAGCUUGGUACCUAUUGGACGAGGACAGCGUGAGCUGAUCAUUGGUGACAGGCAGACUGGCAAAACAGCCAUUGCUAUUGAUGCUAUCAUCAACCAAAAGAGAUUCAACGAAGGAACUGACGAGAAAAAGAAGCUUUACUGUAUCUAUGUUGCUAUUGGACAAAAGAGAAGUACAGUGGCACAGUUGGUAAAGAGACUAAAGGAUGCAGAUGCAUUGAAAUACACCAUCAUUGUGAGCUCCACUGCCUCUGAUGCUGCUCCAUUACAGUAUCUUGCACCAUAUUCUGGAUGCGCUAUGGGAGAAUACUUCCGUGACAAUGGAAAGCAUGCUUUAAUCAUCUAUGACGAUUUGUCCAAACAGGCCGUAGCCUAUCGUCAGAUGUCUCUUCUGUUGCGUCGUCCACCUGGUCGUGAGGCCUACCCUGGUGACGUAUUCUACCUUCAUUCACGUCUUCUAGAACGUGCAGCCAAAAUGAACGAUGACAAUGGUGGUGGCUCUCUCACUGCUCUACCAGUCAUUGAAACUCAAGCCGGUGAUGUGUCGGCAUACAUUCCAACUAACGUCAUUUCUAUCACAGACGGACAGAUCUUCUUGGAGACUGAAUUGUUCUUUAAGGGUAUUCGUCCAGCUAUUAACGUUGGUUUGUCUGUCAGUCGUGUAGGUUCUGCUGCUCAGACUAAGGCUAUGAAACAGGUUGCAGGCUCCAUGAAGCUUGAGCUUGCUCAAUACCGUGAAGUUGCUGCUUUUGCCCAGUUUGGCUCUGAUCUUGACGCAGCUACACAGGCUCUUUUGAACCGUGGUGUGCGCUUGACAGAAUUAUUGAAGCAAGGACAGUAUGUUCCUAUGGACAUUGCCGAGCAAGUAGCUGUUAUUUAUGCUGGUGUCCGAGGCCAUCUUGACAAAAUAGACCCUGCCAAGAUCACUAAAUUUGAACAAGCUUACCUGUCCCAUAUACGUAGCACUCAACAAGACCUUCUCACCAGCAUCUACAACGAGGGUCAAAUCUCAGAAGCGAAUGAUGCCAAGUUGAAACAAGUUGUAACAGAUUUCUUGUCUGCCUUUGAUUAAUACAGCUUUCUAAACGCUAUCUCAGUUUGAAGUGUUUAUAUGAAAUAUUUUUUAAUUUGUGCUGUGGAAUCUGAUACAGAAAAAGAAAGAAAAAGUCAGAUGUGAGAACUUGUAAUGUUUGAGGCGAGUGCCAUUUAAAGGGAAUUAAAAAACCAUUAUUAAUAUUGAAA